AUGGAGAACAUGCUUUCAACCAUCGCGCCAGUGGUCACCACGGAGUUAUACAACGCAACCAAUGUGACGGUCGCUAUAAGCCCCCUGCGGCAUGGAGGCAAGAUGUUCGGUGUGUUGGUGAAAGUAGUGUACGCUAUUGGCAUAAUUGGCAAUGCCGCUGCCAUCGUAGCUCUGCGUCGGGGCGAACGUCGAGUCAGGAAUAGGAAGCAUCUGUUGCUUCUCACAUCCCUAGCAACCAACGAUCUGGUCGCGCUGGUGGGCAUGGUGUGUGCUCUGGUGGUGUCGGAGCAGGUGCCUGGUGCGCGCAACACACGGAUGUACUGUGCAGCGCGCGUGCUUCUGCGCGUGUUCGGCGUGGGCAGCGUGUGCAUCGCAGUCACCAUGGCACUGGAGCGCUACCUCGCGCUCACCAGGCCUUUCCUCUACCAGAAGCAGGUGACGUACUACGUGAUCCGCACGGCGCUGCUGGUGUCGUGGCUGUGGGCGGCGGCGCUCACCUGUGCGCCGAUGCUCGGCCUGGGCCUCUACUACGACGAGGCCAACCACUGCUGUACCAGAUACCGUAACGCGGUAACCACCCUCGACUUCGCGUACGCCGUUUUCUACGUAUUUUUUGGCACGCUUCUGUGCGCGGUGCUGGUGUACUGCAAUCUGGCGGUGAUCCGCGCGCUGUACGCGAUCACGCUGGGCGGCGGCGCCGUGCGGCGCGUCUCGCGCAGCAGCUGCCGGCGCGCCCCGCACGCCCCCCACACCCCGCACAACGCCGCCACGCCGGAGGAGGUCGCCUUCAGCCGCCUCAUGGCCACCCUCUCCGUGCUCUUCAUGCUCUGCUGGCUGCCGCAGAUGGUAACAUCAGCGCUGUACUUAGCGCUGGGACCAUCGGCGUGGCCGCGGCUGGCAACACUGGCGGUGCUGUCGGACGUGCUGAUGCUGCUCAACUACGUGCUGGACCCGGUGCUGUACGUGCUCAUGCGGCAGCGCCGACGUCUCUCACCCUCCGCCUUCUGUCACUCGCUGGCGCAUUGUUUUAAGCGGAAUCACAAGACAUCGACGGAAUCGAUGAAGACUUCGUGUUGUCCGCAAGAGACGGUGUUGGUGAGCGACAGCUCGGGGGCCGAGCUGAAGCCGCUGCGUGCGCCGGCCCCGCCCUGCGCUGCGCUCGUGCGCCUCGACUGA